AUGCCUUUCUGGGGAUCUAGCCAGCCGGCGGCGGAGAGCGAUACUUCCAGCCAAUACAACAACGACCCGGUGGCGUCGGCCUCGCAAGCAGCCGGCGAUGCCUGGCUAGCGGGUCAUCUGCACCAUUUGACUGACGAUCAGGAGCAGAAGUUGCAGGAUUUCAAGAAAUUGUGCGAGGAGAAGGGGUACUACAAGCCCGAGGGAAGUGGAGAGGAUGGCAAGGCCAGUCAUGGCGAUGCGACGCUGUUGCGAUUUCUGCGCGCGCGCAAGUUUGAUGUGAAUGCUGCUUGGGCUCAGUUCAAGGAUACCGAGGAUUGGCGUCGGGAUAAUGCCAUCGAGUCGUUGUAUGAGAAUAUCGAUGUCGAGUCGUACGAUGCGGCCAGGAGGAUGUAUCCGCAAUGGACCGGUCGUCGUGACCGUCGCGGUAUCCCCGUCUACGUGUUCGAGAUCAAGAACCUGAACAGCAAGAACAUGGCUACUUACAACUCGACCAUGUCUGCUUCUUCGGAGACGCACAAAUCGUCUACCGUGCCUGAGCGUCUCCUCCGUCUGUUCGCACUCUACGAGAACCUUCUCAACUUCGUCAUGCCCUUGUGUUCGUCGCUGGCACGACCAAACCCCGAGACUCCGAUUGUCAGCUCCAACAAUAUUGUCGAUGUCAACGGUGUUGGUUUGAAGCAGUUCUGGAACCUCAAGAGUCACAUGCAGGAUGCCAGUGUUUUGGCCACGGCGCAUUACCCGGAGACAUUGGAUCGGAUCUUCAUCAUCGGUGCCCCCUCUUUCUUCCCAACCGUCUGGGGAUGGAUUAAGCGCUGGUUCGACCCAAACACCACCUCCAAGAUCUUCAUCCUCUCCGCCGCGGAGGUGAAGCCCACUCUGUCCGCCUUCAUGGACAUCUCCAGCAUCCCGAAACAGUACGGUGGUGACUUGGACUGGCAGUGGGGCGACAUGCCCAACCUGGACGAGCCUGCUCGCGAACUCGUUGGAGCCUUGGAGACUCCCCCAGCCGAGGGACAGACCAAGCCCACGCUCCUCAAGGGCCCCGUCCUGUUCAAGGGUAAUGAGAUUGAGAUCCUGGGCUCCGUGGACGGAAAGAGCAGACGUGAAACUAUCCCCGUCACCAAGACCCAGCAAGAGGAACCCACCACCAAGACUUCCUCCGAGCCGGCUGAGAAGCCCGCAACUAGCGAUGCCGAUGAAAAGCUCUGCAAGGAUAACGUGACAACCGAUGAAGUUGCCAACACUGAAGCUCCUGCCCAGCAGACCGCUGCAUAG